AUGUCUCGGCCCGGGCCGCGGCCCCAGCUGAUCCUCGGCUCCCGAGGCGACCGCCGCGGCCUCGCGAGGUGGCGGGGGCGUCGGGGACGGCGGCCGAGACCCGCGCCGCCCAUCUGAGCGGGGCGGGCGCUCCGAGGCCAGGAAGCCGCCUCAGGGCCGCCCGGGGAGCCGUCUCAGGCCUGUUUUUGCUUUUCUUCUUCAGGACCGUCGGCCCGCGCGCUCUAUUUCUCUCUGCAGAGACCGCGACGCCCCCUCCCGGGCCGGGCCGCAGUGCCCGCCCGCCUGAAAGGCGCCGCCCGCCGGCGUGAGAGAACCUGGAGCCGCUGCCGCGGUGCUCGCCUCGCCUUUCGCGUAUCCUGGGCGGCCGGCGGGGCCUGGGGCCUGGGCUCCGGGCGCGGCGCUGCGGCGGCCGCUCCUCCCCGAGCUGGGCCCGGGGCCUGGCCGGGCGGAGCGCCGCGCCCUCCUGACCAGCCGCCGCCCGCCGCCGGUCGGCCCCAACCGCCUCCCGGGCUCGCCGCCCCUCCAGCCCCGGCCUCCCGCCAGAACCCCGCUUCCUUUGUGGAUCUGAAAGAUUUGGGGGGGGGGGGCCUCUUCCCUCCCCCUGAGAUUACGGUGCUGGAAGGCCGACCCGUCACCUCGGUCAGUGCCCCCCACCCGGGUAACGUCCCUCGUUUUGUUCCUCCCCGCCGGCCCUCCCGCGUCCCGCUCCUUUCGGUGUUUGACUGAUGGGCUUUUUCUAGUUUUUUCCCUUUUAUUCUCAUCUCCUGACUGGCAGGCCCCGCGCGAGGCUCUGCGCCUGGGCCCCUCCUCCUCUUUUCCUCACCCCGGCACCGGGAGCCAAACCCCCAGCCCCGCGGCCGGCGAUGGCGCCACAGUGAGGGCGGCGAGGCCGGACCACGCUGGGACAGUGCCCGCGCUCCGGCGGGCGUGAGCACACACUCCCCCGCUCUGCGCCCCUCUUUUUCGUCUUCCGAGCUCUCUGUAAAGAGAGAAGACGCAGGGAAAGAUGUGGCUGAAGCUAUUCUUCCUGCUCCUCUAUUUUCUGGUCCUGUUCGUCCUGGCCAGGUUUUUUGAGGCCAUUGUGUGGUAUGAAACUGGCAUCUUGGCCACCCAGCUGGUGGAUCCGGUGGCGCUGAGCUUCAAGAAGCUGAAGACCAUUCUGGAGUGCCGGGGGUUGGGAUAUUCAGGGCUACCGGAGAAGAAAGAUGUCCGAGAGCUGGUGGAGAAGUCAGGUGACUUGAUGGAAGGUGAGCUCUAUUCUGCCCUCAAGGAAGAAGAAGCAUCUGAAUCCGUAUCUAGUACCAAUUUCAGUGGUGAAAUGCACUUCUAUGAGCUUGUAGAAGACACAAAGGAUGGCAUCUGGCUGGUUCAGGUCAUAGCAAAUGACAGAAGUCCCUUGGUUGGUAAAAUCCACUGGGAGAAAAUGGUGAAAAAGGUGUCAAGAUUUGGAAUACGAACAGGCACUUUUAAUUGUUCCAGUGACCCCAGAUACUGCAGGAGAAGAGGCUGGGUACGAUCCACACUCAUUAUGUCUGUCCCACAAACAAGCACUUCUAAGGGGAAAGUCAUGCUUAAAGAAUAUAGCGGACGCAAAAUUGAAGUAGAGCACAUUUUUAAGUGGAUAACUGCUCACGCAGCUUCUCGGAUCAAAACCAUUUAUAAUGCUGAACAUUUGAAAGAAGAAUGGAAUAAAAGUGAUCAGUAUUGGGUAAAAAUAUACCUAUUUGCAAACCUUGACCAACCCCCAGCUUUCUUCUCUGCACUAAGUAUAAAGUUUACUGGAAGAGUUGAGUUUAUUUUUGUUAAUGUGGAAAAUUGGGACAAUAAGAGUUACAUGACAGAUAUUGGUGUAUAUAAUAUGCCGUCAUACAUUCUUAGAACUCCUGAAGGAAUUUACAGAUACGGAAACCACACAGGUGAAUUUAUAUCCCUUCAGGCCAUGGAUUCAUUUUUGCGCUCAUUGCAACCUGAAGUAAAUGAUCUGUUUGUUUUGAGCUUGGUUCUAGUUAAUCUUAUGGCGUGGAUGGACUUAUUUAUCACACAAGGAGCAACCAUAAAGCGAUUUGUGGUUCUCAUAAGCACUUUAGGGACAUACAAUUCUCUAUUAAUUAUUUCCUGGCUACCUGUGUUGGGCUUUUUACAGCUCCCUUACUUAGAUAGCUUUUAUGAAUAUAGCUUAAAAUUGUUGCGAUAUUCCAAUACAACCACACUGGCUUCAUGGGUGAGGGCAGACUGGAUGUUCUAUUCUUCACACCCAGCCCUAUUUCUCAGUACAUACCUUGGACAUGGUUUACUAAUCGAUUACUUUGAGAAGAAGAGACGGCGCAACAACAACAAUGAUGAAGUCAAUGCCAAUAACUUAGAAUGGUUAUCAAGUCUGUGGGACUGGUACACCAGCUACCUCUUCCACCCGAUUGCUUCUUUUCAGAACUUUCCUGUAGAAUCUGAUUGGGACGAAGACCCUGACUUAUUCUUGGAGCGGUUAGCUUUCCCUGACCUUUGGCUUCACCCUCUGAUACCAACUGAUUACAUAAAAAAUUUGCCAAUGUGGCGAUUUAAAUGUCUUGGAGUCCAGUCUGAAGAGGAAAUGUCGGAGGGUUCUCAAGAUAAUGAAAAUGACUCAGACAGCGAGAGCACAGACACUUUUAGCAAUGAAAAGGAAGUAUUUGAAGAUAAGCAAAGCAUAGUUCACAAUUCUCCAGGAAGAGCAAGUCACUGUGAUGCUGAGGCUUGUUCAUGUGCCAAUAAAUAUUGUCAGACCAGCCCAUAUGAAAGGAAGGGGAGGUCAUAUGGAUCAUAUAAUACUAAUGAAGAUAUGGAACCUGAUUGGUUAACUUGGCCUGCUGAUAUGCUGCACUGUACUGAAUGUGUUGUUUGCCUAGAGAAUUUUGAAGAUGGAUGUUUGCUAAUGGGAUUGCCUUGUGGUCAUGUGUUCCAUCAGAAUUGCAUUGUGAUGUGGUUGGCUGGAGGCCGACACUGUUGCCCUGUUUGCCGGUGGCCUUCUUAUAAAAAAAAGCAGCCAUAUGCACAACACCAGCCCUUGUCAAAUGAUGUCCCAUCUUAACUAUGUGCAAUUUGUCCUUUAUAAGCUUUGAGUAUCUUACAGCUUGCCUUUUUAAUGUUAGUCACAAUGUUUUUGUGGUUUGAAGUUUAGUUUAAUGUUAGUGCAGUGACAGGAAAUACACAUUAUGCUAAUGUUGAUGACAAUUACUUGGUUGCCUUGUGUGUCAAUUGAAUGCAUACUUAAUUGUAAAAAUUUUUAUUUACAACAUUGGAAAUUCAGAAGUUAAUGUUUUUUGUAAGCACAAAAGAAGUAUGAUAGAAAUUUAUCCUAGCAAGACUUCACAAGGUAGGAUCAAAUUCUAAUGGAAUUGAGGCAGUUUCUUAUCCUAAAUGUUUCCUCCCUUUUUACAAUCUUUGUCCAGCACCUCUUGGUUAAAUAAUGUAUGCUCUGAGACAUGAAAUUAAAACAGACCUAUGAAAUAAAUUAUUUUAAAACCAGAAGAUUACAGCUUUUCCAAUGUUAAGUUGUUUUGAUGAGGAGGCUGAAUGCUAUAGGUGUUUUGCUAGUUUGUUAAUUUUACAGGUAAGUCAAACAUGAUCCUUGACUCAUGAGGAAAAACAAAAAGAUGAAUUAUGAUGCCAAUACUAGCCAGAGGUGGCAUUAAUCAGCCUCUUAGCUUGGUUAGCUUUGAUGGAGAAGAAUUUCAUGGUGGGCUCUUUCUUUUUUUUUUUAAGUAUUAAGUCAUUUAUGAGUAGUAUAUUCAUCUAAGUAAAAUCAACUAUAGCAUAUUAGCCACACUGAUUACUUAUGUUUUUCCUGACUUUAAUUUUAAAAAUUACAAAACUACAGAAAAAUUGAAAACCAUACAAUGAGCAUCCAUUUUUCUAAUUCACAAAGUGUAUUUUGUUACCUUUGCUUUAUCUUCUCUAUGUGUAUAUUUAUCUUUUUUCUUUCUUUUCUCUGAAUGUUUUUUGUUUGUUUAUUGCUGAUCCCUUUGAAAAUAAAUGUUAGUCAUCUUAGUUCUGCUUUACCACUGAAUAUAUCACCAUGUGUCUCCUAAGAACAAGAAUUUUUUACCUAACUACUGUACCAUUAUCACACCCAAGAUGUUUAUUAACAUUGACUCAGUAAUACUUAAUAUAUAAUCCCUACUUCCCACUUGCUCCCAAAAUAUCCUUUAUAUCUUUAUAUGCUUUUGUUUUAUUUUUGUUGUGAACCUCACACAAGGUUCAUGAAUUGGGUUUGGUUUUCUUCCUUUCAUGUUCUCUUUAGAGCAGUUCCCUGCCCUUUUUUUUUUUUUUUUUUUUAAAGUAGUCUUCCCUGAUAAAUUUUUGAAGAGUAAAAGCUAGUUGGCUUAUAAAAUGUUCUACAUUCUGGAUUUGUCUGUUUCCUCAUGAUUAGAUUUAAAUUAAACAAUAUUGCCUGGGUGAUAUGUACCUCCCAUUUGUAUGUCAUCAGUAGACACUUUGUAUUAGUUUAUCCCAUUACUGGUGAAGCUAAAUUUGGUUAAAGUAAUAUCUAUCCAUUGUAAGAUACUUUUUCACUUAAGAGGGAAUCUGUGAGGCUAUGUGAAUAUCCAGUUU